CUGAAAUAAACAACAGUCCACGUGCGGCUGCAGUGAAGGAGAUUUUUUUUCUCUGUGUGUUACUCUCUUCCCUUUUAAUGUAGCUGUAAGUUCUGAUAACUUAUUUUCGGUUCGUAGUUUCGUUUAUUAGUCAAUGAAUAGAUAUAAAUUGGCUUCAUUUUAUUCUUGAGAGAUUAUAUAAAUUAGAGAAUGGAUGACAACGUCACUUUUAAAACUAUAAAAGGUCUAUCAUUUGGUAUUUUAUCUACUGAAGAUAUUAAAAAAGUUAGUGUCUUAGAAAUUACAAAUGUAGAAAUUUUGGAUUGCCUUGACCAUGCUGCCACCGGUGGACUCUAUGAUCUUCGGCUAGGUCCUAAUGACAGAGAUGAUGUGUGCCAGACUUGUGGACUUGGUGACAUGUUUUGUGCUGGUCAUUCAGGUCAUAUAAGUCUUCCAGUUACAGUGUACAAUCCAUUUUUCUUCCAUUAUUUGUAUCAGCUUUUGAGGGGAACCUGUUUUUCUUGUAACAAACUCUUGGCUCCUCCUGUUGCAUUGCAUUUGACUCUGUUCCAGCUGCAGAGUUUGGAUUAUGGACUAGUAAGCACUGUUCAAGAUCUUCAAGAAGUUGUAUCAGAAGAUUUAAGCACUGUGUCAUCAGAUGUUCAAGUCAUAAUUUCAAAACUGGAAAAGAAGUUUAAUGAUGCUGUGAAUAAAGCCAAGUCUAAUGAUCAGAGUCAAUAUCCUGUGAAAAGUGUAGUUGAAUGCCGUAGAGAUAUCAUCAAAUCAUUUGUUAAAGCUUACAUGAUGGGUGCCAAAGGACGCUGUCCUCAUUGCAGGGCAGUAAAGAAAAAGAUAGUCAAAUAUAAUAUGCGUUUAGUGUAUAGAGACAAUGCAAAAGCUGUUAGUAUUGAAUCUACAAGUGGCGUAAUGGCAGCUGAACCCAAUCUACCAAAUGAAAUAGUCAAUAAAGAAUUGAUGCCUGAAGAAGCAAGGAAACAUCUUCUUCUAUUAUGGGAGAAUGAUCAAGUUUUCCUCAGUCACUUUUUUAAAACCUUAGGACAGAAACAUUCAGCUGGCUCUUGUCCUGUUGACAUGUUUUUUAUGGAUACCAUAUUAGUUCCACCUUCAAGAUUUCGCAGACUUAAUGUUAUGAAAGGUAGAAAAUAUGCCGAUCAGCAAACAUUGAUAUUCAAUGAAGUUUUAAAGGAUUGCAUCCUUUUGAAGAUAGUGAUAAAGAAAAUUCUUAAAAAGGAACUUAGUGCUAGUGAAGAAGAACGUGUGAACAAAUGCCAGGGUAAAACUGUCAGUGAGAAAUACAGCUAUGCUUAUCAACUGUUACAAAGGCAUGUUACUGAAAUAUUUGAUAGUGAUGUCAAUAAAGAUAAAAAUAAAACUUCCAAAGGAAUCAAACAGAUUCUUGAAAAGAAGGAAGGUCUUUUUCGCAUGAAUAUGAUGGGGAAACGUGUAAAUUAUGCUGCAAGAUCUGUAAUUUCCCCUGAUCCUUAUAUCAUGGUUGAUGAAAUAGGCAUUCCUUUGGUUUUUGCAAAAAAAUUAACAUUUCCAGAACCUGUUACUUACCAAAAUGUGGAAAAUUUACGACGGGCUGUAAUGAAUGGCCCUAAUGUUCAUCCUGGUGCUUCUUUUGUUGAGAUGGAAGAUGGUCGAAAAAUAAAGUUGACAGCUGACAGUGCAGAAAAAAGACAGGCCCUAGCAAAUAUGUUGCUUACUCCUCAAAAUUCAGCUAUUAAAAAAAUUGGAGGAGUGAAAGUUGUGCACAGACAUAUUAAGAAUGGUGAUAUGGUUUUACUAAACCGUCAACCAACUUUGCACAGACCUAGUAUGAUGGCUCAUAAGGCUCGCAUCCUUCCAGGAGAAAAAACUCUUCGCCUCCACUAUUCCAACUGCAAAUCAUACAAUGCUGAUUUUGAUGGAGAUGAAAUGAACUGUCAUUUACCUCAAUCAUAUCUGGGCCAAGCUGAAUGUUAUGGAUUGGCAAGUGUAAAUCAUCAAUAUCUUGUCCCUAAAGAUGGAACACCUCUUGGAGGUCUUAUCCAAGAUCAUAUCAUAGCAGCUGUACUGCUUACAAAACGUGGACGUUUCUUUCCAAAAGAUCAGUAUCAACAGCUGAUAUUCAGUGCAAUGGCUUUCUAUCGAAAAAGACUAAAACUUUUACCUCCUGCUAUCCUGAAACCUCGAAUGCUGUGGUCUGGCAAACAAGUAGUAUCCACUAUUAUCAUCAACUUGAUUCCUGAAGGAAAAAUUCCUCCAACUGUAGAAGGAAAAGCGAAGGUCUCCCAAAAGAACUGGAGGACAAAGCCAUCUUUAGAAUGGUCAGCAGGUGGUGCUAUAACUGGCGAGAGUAUGAGUGAAUCUGAAGUCAUUAUUAGACAUGGAGAGCUAUUGUGUGGCGUGAUAGACAAGGCUCAAGUUGGACCAACACCAUAUAGUUUGAUCCAUAUCUGCUAUGAGUUAUACGGAGGAGAAGUUUCGAAUAUGAUUUUAACUGCUUUAGCUAGACUGUUUACACAUUAUUUGCAGUAUUAUUCUGGUUUUUCUCUUGGAAUAGAAGAUAUUUAUGUGAACAAAAAGGCUAAUAAGAAAAGGAGACACAUUUUGAGGAGUGCUGCAAAGAAGGGCUUAAUUGCUACUGCUAAAGCUAUUGAUGUAGAUGAUCCAGAAAAUCCAGAUUUGAAAGAACUGCUUUUUAAAUACAAGGAAGUUCAUUGCUGUAGAGAUGAUUUUGGUUUGAAAAUGCUGGAUAUGGAAAUGAAAAAAGUUACUGGUGCCCUAAAUAAUGAAAUAAAUGAAGUAUGUAUUCCUAAUGGGCUGAGGAAGAAGUUUCCAUAUAAUAACCUUCAACUCAUGGUUGAAUCGGGAGCCAAAGGUUCUUCUGUGAAUGCUAUGCAAAUUUCAUGUCUUUUGGGACAAAUUGAAUUGGAAGGGCGGCGUAUGCCUUUAAUGUUGAAUGGCAGCACUCUACCUUCAUUCAUGCCUUACACUACUACUCCACAAGCUGGAGGAUUUGUUGGAGGACGAUUUUUAACUGGAAUAAACCCACAGGAAUAUUUUUUCCAUUGCAUGGCUGGUCGAGAAGGUCUUAUUGAUACUGCUGUCAAGACAAGUAGGAGUGGUUAUCUUCAGCGAUGUUUAAUUAAACAUUUGGAAGGAAUUACUGUUCAGUUUGAUCUUACUGUUAGGGAUAGUGAUGGAACUGUAAUUCAAUUUCUAUAUGGCGAAGAUGGUAUGGAUCCCCUAAGAAUGCAAUUAUUGAAAAAAAAUCGUCUGCAUUUGCUUGGAAUGAACUACAAAGCAGCCAUGUCUGAAAAGCAAGUACAAGCUUUGAAGCAAAUGGUUGAAGUAGAUCUCAAUAAAGAAAAGAAGAAGAUUAAAAGAUGGAAAAAGAAGCACCCUGAAAACUCUUCUCAUCGUACAUCUCUUGUCCAUUCGGUUAAUUAUAAAGCAGGUGACCAUAAAGCAAGAACUCAAAGAAUAUUUUCUGAGUUGAAUGAAUUGAGUGUUGGGGAUAGAAAAACGUAUGAAAAAUCAAAGCAGAGAUGUCCAGAUGCAAUAAAUUCUAAAUAUCGCCCAGAUACAACAUUCGGAUCUGUAUCCGAAAACAUGGACAAUUUAAUAUCUGAUUAUGUGUCUAAGAAUCCUCACGGUCUACUUUUAGAUGAUGAAGUAGAAAGCAGACAGCAAAACACUGUUACAAAGGAAAAUUUUAAAGAUUUAUGUUAUUUCCAUUCUAUGAAGUCACUUGCUGAACCAGGAGAUACUGUGGGGCUUUUAGCUGCUCAGUCUAUUGGAGAGCCUUCCACUCAGAUGACCCUGAAUACUUUUCACUUUGCUGGAAAGGGUGAAAUGAACGUGACCCUGGGUAUUCCCCGCAUUCGUGAAAUUCUUAUGACUGCUAGUCCAAACAUUGCCACACCUACAAUGGAUUUACCGUUUUUGGAUCAACCAGAAAUUAAAAAAAAGGCCAAUGAUUUGAAAUUGAAACUCUCUCCUGUGGCUCUGAAAGAUCUUCUUGAUUCAGUUAAAGUAAAAGAGUUCCUGUCUGUGUCAGAACAAAUGGGCAAUACCAGAAAUUAUAUAAUUAAAAUGGAUUUUUUGGAACAUUCAGUUUAUAAAGGACAUGUGAACACUACUCCAUCGAAAAUAUUAUAUUAUAUUGAGCAUAAUUUUGUAAAAAGACUUAUAGAUGCUUUAAAGAGAAAACUUCGUCAAUCUGACAAAGCAAAAACAAUUUCUGUGAUGAAAGAGAGUCAAAAUGCUAUUUUUAAGACUGAUAAUAAUAAUAAUGGAGAUGAAGAUUCUCCACCUCCAGUUGCUGAAGAGCCAGUGAAAGCAGAUGAUGGGGAGUCUUCAGAAGAGAGUGAAGGGGAAGGAGAUACAACUUCUGCCAAAUCCAAAACGCGUCAUGAUCAGGAGCAAGAAUAUGAAGAUCCUGAAGAAGAAGAAAUUUUACCUGAAUCUAGUGAAGAGAGUGAUGGUGAAGAAGUUAAAAUUAAAGAAGAAUUAAAAAGUGACAAUGAAGAAAGUAUUUCAAAUGACUUUUUCAUGCCCAAAGAAAUCGAAGCAAAAUCCUCCGUGGAUAAAGGUAUUAGAAUAAAUUAUGUAAAAAAAAUUGACCCUUGGGUAUCCACUUAUGACUAUGAUACCAAACGUCAGUACUGGUGUGAAAUUUCUCUUCGACUACCUCUUACUAACAAUAAAAUAGAUAUGAAAUCUCUUCUUGAAGAAGAAAUAAAUAAAGCAAAAGUACAUUCUGUUCCUUCUAUAAAUGAUGCCAUUUUAGUCGAAAAUCCAAAUGCAAAAGAUGGCUGCAAUCUUAUGUUGAAAACUGAUGGAGUUAAUUUUCUUGAAAUUUUUAAAUAUGUUGAUAUCUUAGACAUUAAUAAAGUAUACAGCAAUAAUAUCCAUGAAAUUGCCAAAAUAUAUGGUAUAGAAGCUGCUGCUCAAGCCAUAAGAAGGGAAAUUGUCAAUGUAUUUGCUGCUUAUGGCAUUCAAGUAGAUCCUCGCCAUUUAUCAUUAAUAUCUGACUAUAUGACAUGCAGUGGUCAAUACCGGCCUUGCAAUAGGAUUGGUAUGGAAGGAAAUGCAUCGCCUCUUCAACAAAUAACUUUUGAAACAUCAAAGAAUUUCCUGGCAGAGGCAAUGGUUAUGGGUGUAAGGGAUCGUCUGACGUCACCUUCUGCUAAUAUAAUAGUAGGACAAUUGCCUCCUGCAGGGACUGGUUGCUUUGAUUUAUUAUGUGUCAGUGGACCUUCAUGAUUUGUAAAUACAAAUUAUAUGUAAAUAAAAUUUUCUAAUUAAAA